AUUGUCAAUAGCACGUAGUGUUGGACUUGACAACGAAAGAAGAGAAAACACUUCCUGAGACAAAUAACUUAACACCAUGAGCGACGAGAAAGCUGUCGAAGAACUGGCAAAGAAAGUCGACCGAUGGACGCUGCAGGACGAUUCUACCAUUGAUUAUGGGUAUCUAGCCCAAACGUACGGCGCUGGCAUCAAGGAAGCCAAGGAGGGCGACAAAACAUUUUAUCUGACGACCGCCAUCAACUACACCAAUGGGCCCGCCCACAUGGGCCACGCUUACGAGGGAGCAUCCAGCGACGUUAUCAGUCGAUUCCAACGAUUGAAGGGCGACAGGCCCUGUUACUUUGUCACCGGUGCCGACGAACACGGACAGAAGGUCGCGGCCGCGGCAGAGAAAGAAGGAAAGGACGCGCAACUCUACUGCGACAAGGUAUGUUGUGCAGUGAUGCGCUGUGCUGAGUCGCAUAAAGAAUAGCUGCUGCCAUUCGGAACAGCUCGUAUUCUCGUUGAAUGUUCAAUUUUCGUUUCAUUCUUUGUUAUUGAACCGACUCUUACCAAACACCAUCGCAUUCUUUUUCGAAACGCGAUGCCGCACAGUAUGUCGAUGGGUUCAAGAAUCUUAACCAGCGCCUUUUGGUUUCCAACGACGACUACGUUCGAACGACGAGUGCUCGCCACAAGCGCGUGGCACAAGAACUCUGGAAGCGUUGCGCCGCCAAGGGUGACAUCUACCUCGAUGCCUACUCUGGAUGGUACAACGUCAAAGAGGAAACCUUUGUGACGGACAUGGAGGCCGAGAAGAACGAUUUCAAGGAUCCUUCCUCGGGAAUUCCACUCAAGCGAGUCGAAGAGGAAUCGUAUCUCUUCAAGAUGUCUGCAUAUGCGGACAGGCUCAUCGAGCACAUCAAAAACAACCCCGACUUCAUUCGCCCCGAACAACACAAAAACGCUGUUCUUAGCCGGUUGACAUCGGAUCCUCUUCGGGAUCUAUCCAUCAGCCGCACCACUUUCUCGUGGGGUAUCAGUGUUCCGGAGGGAUUCGACGACAAGCACGUCAUGUACGUGUGGAUCGAUGCCCUCUCGAACUACCUGACUGGUAUCGACUACUUCGGAACCAAUGGAGACGGAAAGGAGGGGAUCGAAAAGUUUUGGCCCUGUGACGUCCACAUCAUCGGAAAGGACAUCUUGUGGUUCCACACGGUGAUCUGGCCGUGCCUCCUCAUGUCCGCCGACAUUCCCCUGCCCACGUCGGUCUAUCUCCACGGCUUUGUCAACGAUCGGGAGGGAAAGAAGAUGUCCAAAACCGUUGGCAACGUGGUGGAUCCCCACGAUGUGCUAGACCAGUCUCACGUUGACUCCUUCCGAUGGUACGUAUCUAUAUAUGUGUGCACACGGCUGAAUAGCAACGCAACUUUCUUCAGCGCUUGCUUGAGCGCAUUAGAAGAUGCGAACUCGUCCAUAUCGCAUCGAUCAUGUGUAUUGGUGACCCAUAGGAUAUAUCUCAUGUGUGCUUUUGCUUUGUCUAUCUUGAACCUAUAGGUACCUCUGUAAGGAGGCUCCCUACGGAGGAGAGUUGUCCUACAAUAUUGACAACAUGCGGGAAAUGCAUAACGCUGAUUUGUGCGAUACGCUUGGAAACUUGUUGAACCGCGCUACCAAUCUCUGCAAAAAGUUUUGCGGCGGUGUUAUUCCCGACGUUCCUGGUCCCGCCAAUCCCGUAGUCGACUUGGCCUCCAUCAUUGACAAUUACACCGCAAAAAUGGACCAGUUCGACUUGCAGGGAGGCGCUGCCAUUGCGAUUGCGGGAUUCCGUGAUGUAAACGGUUACCUACAAACCGAGGCUCCCUGGCUCAAGAAGGGCGAUGAGCACGCCGAAUUUCGUCAAAUCGUGGUCCGUGCCACACUGGAGGCCAUUUAUGCAUUGGCCCAUUUGUUGAUGCCAUUUUUGCCGGUGGGAUGCAAAUUCAUUUUCAACAAGCUUGGAAAGGAACCCGUUUCGCUCACUGAGCUGAAUCGUGAUUGCCGAAGCCUUGAUACCGGUGUAAAGAUUGAGGUGGGAAGAGUGCUCUACGAAAAGAUGCUUUCUGACGCCGAAAGGGACAAGAAAGCCGGUGGAAAGAAAAAGGAAUCGUACGAAGAAGCCCAGAAACGCAAAAAGGAAAUGAAGGCCGCAGCUAUCGCUUCUUCCGAAAAGGGAAGAGGAAAGGGCGACGCCAAUCAGUCCGACUUCACAAAGAUGGAAAUUCGCGUUGGAAAGAUUAUCGAGGUUUGGAAUCACGAAAGUGCCGAUAAACUGUUUUGUGAAAAGAUCGAUUGCGGCGAGGAAACCGGACCGCGUGAGAUUGCAUCGGGACUGCGGGAUUUUUAUUCCAUUGAAGAUAUGAAGGACAAACUUGUUCUUGUCGUUUGUAACCUGAAAGCGUCCAAGAUUUUGGGCUUCAACAGCAAUGGAAUGGUCCUUGCUGCAAAGGAAGAGGAUGGCAAAACCGAGCUUGUGGAGCCGCCAGAGGGCUCUCAAGUUGGUGAACGAGUUUACAUCGAAGGAUUGAGCGGUGAUCCUUUUUCUUCCAGUCAAGUGAAAAAGAAGAAGAUUUGGUCCAAUGUUUCGAAAGAGCUCAAAACAGGCGAAGGCGGAGUCGCAACGUGGCAAGGAAAAACCAUUCAGACUGCAAGCGGUCCAUGCAAAGUUGCGAGCUUGGUUGGGGCUCCUAUUUCAUAAAACCUAAGUUUAUCGGUCGGUUCCGCAACUAGCAGUAUUAUGACUUGGAUUUUACAAGCAAUCGAAUCAAUAAACUACAGUAUC